AUGGACAUUGAAGAUCAGGUUGCACCUGCGCUUGCACACGCUCAAUCCACUUCCCCUCUGCUCACGAAUGUGCGGGUUAUGAUGGUAACCAUGGGAUGCGGCCACAACGCUGCUGAAAGUGAUAUAAUUGCAAGUGCUUUGCAGACAGCGGGGGCCGUCAUCACCCACAGCAACGGGAAGUACAUAACACCAGAGAGCGCCAGAGAUGUGGACGUCCUGUACAUCAACUCGUGCACCGUGAAGAAUCCGUCCGAGGACAAAGCCUUUGUCCAUGUUCAGAAGGGAUUGGAGGUUGGUACGGUCGUCGUGCUUGGCGGCUGUGUUCCCCAGUCUUACGGAACCGUGAAUGAUGAGCUCCGAAAAGCGUCUGCCGCGAAGCAGCUCAUCAUUUCAGGGGUGCUUACUCAGCAAUGGCUAGCAGCGCUUCCAAGGCUUCUUCGCGAGGCCAUCGAUCUUCAUAUUCUAAACAAUUCUCACUUACUGCAACCUGCUUUACGAAUGACGCAGCCAUCGGACAAGGCAGGAGUUCCUGCUGCUAUCUCAUACGUCACCAAGGAAGCUACAAAAGACGUCGAAGUAGAGUAUCUGAAGUGCACUCCAGUCCACCGUGCUAAUCCUAUCAUUGACAUUAUUUCGACUGGCAGUGGAUGCAUGGGAUCUUGCACAUACUGCAAAACGUGCCACAGCCGUGGAAGACUGCGCUCAGUACCUCUAGAUACCUUACUGGCGCGUAUACGUAGUAGCCUGGCUGACCCUAUUAUCCGUGAGCUUUGGCUGACGGGAGAGGACACGCUUGCAUGGGGCCGUGAAAGUGACGCAACUUUCGCUGUACUCUUGCAGGAAGUCCAGAAACUUUUCGAAACAGAGAACCCGACACAUAAGAUGCUGAAGAUAGGGAUGACAGAUCCUGACUCUGUUAUCAACCAGGAGGACUCUCUGAUAUCCUUUAUGCGCUGUAAGUAUGUGUACAAGUUUCUCCACUUACCUGUGCAGUCAGGGUCAGAUCGGAUUCUAACCCUGAUGCGACGCCAUUACGACAUAGAAACCUUCUUGAGGUCUUGCUCUAAGCUGCAGUCUGCCGUUCCAGAUCUUUGCCUAGAUACAGAUAUAAUAUGUGGCUUUCCUGGCGAAACCGAUGAAGACCAUGCACAAUCUCUCAACCUUUUCCGUAACCUCAAAGAGGACGCACCACGUUUUCAGGUCGUCAAUAUUACACAGUACUAUGCUCGGAAAAACACGCCUGCCGCAUCCAUGGAGCAGGUUCCUGCCAGUAAAAAGCGGGAGCGUACCAGAGAGAUGUCUGAGGUCGUUAAAAAUUCAUUUCGGAGGGAUCAAUAUCACGGUCAAGUUCAUGAUAUCAUGGUGCUAGAAAGGCUGCAGACGGAGAACCAUGGGCGACAAUAUGGAGGCAAAACGUAUAAUAACCUCACAGUGGCCAUAGAGGCGGUCGAUCAGGAGGUGCCUAUUAAGUUGGGCUCGUACGUACGCGUUCGCAUAACAGGCUCUACGAGAGUGGCCCUGAUAGGAUCGGUAAUGACUUACCAUAGCUCGCCCGUAAUAGUGCGGCGAGUGGAGUGA